UGGCUAGCAAUCCAGACACUGGUAUUUAAGAAGGGAUGUGUUCUAUGGAAGUUCUCUUUCUUCUCAAAUUUUCAAUCCAUAGCUGCCCAAACUGAAUAUUUGGCAAAAGUAAACUUAAGCAACAGUUUGAUUGUUCCAAAGGAGAAUCUUCUACCAAGGAGCAACAUUAAGAAAUGAAAAGUAAAACUUUCAUCUUGGGCCUGUUGGCUCUUGCUUCAUAUGUUAUGCCUAGUGAGAGUCAAAGAGGAUCACGUUCACUCCAAAAGCAAUCUUUACAAUCAAGAGCUUGUCCUCCGGGAAGUAAAAUGGUGAUAACCCGUUAUCCUCGUCGUGGAUUUAGAUGCUAUCCUAUGAAACAGCCUACUCCUCUCAAAAUAAAAACAACAACUGCACCUAUAGUCCCAACUACUGCCCCUCCAACUGAAUCACCCACACCAACACCAACACCGACCACCACCAAGCCCACGGAAUCAACCACACCAGCAACAACCACCACCAAGCCCACGGAAUCAACCACACCAGCAACAACCACCACCAAGCCCACGGAAUCAACCACACCAGCAACAACCACCACCAAACCCACGGAAUCAACCACACCAGCACCAACCACCACCAAGCCCACGGAAUCAACCACACCAGCACCAACCACCACCAAGCCCACGGAAUCAACCACACCAGCAACAACCACCACCAAGCCCACGGAAUCAACCACACCAGCACCAACCACCACCAAGCCCACGGAAUCAACCACACCAGCAACAACCACCACCAAGCCCACGGAAUCAACCACACCAGCAACAACCACCACCAAGCCCAUGGAAUCAACCACACCAGCAACAACCACCACCAAGCCCACGGAAUCAACCACACCAGCAACAACCACCACCAAGCCCAAGGAAUCAACCACACCAGCACCAACCACCACCAAACCCAAAGAAUCAACCACACCAGCAACAACCACCACCAAGCCCACGGAAUCAACCACACCAGCACCAGCCACCACCAAGCCCACGGAAUCAACCACACCAGCAACAACCACCACCAAGCCCACGGAAUCAACCACACCAGCAACAACCACCACCAAGCCCACGGAAUCAACCACACCAGCACCAACCACCACCAAGCCCACGGAAUCAACCACACCAGCAACAACCACCACCAAGCCCACGGAAUCAACCACACCAGCAACAACCACCACCAAGCCCACGGAAUCAACCACACCAGCAACAACCACCACCAAGCCCACGGAAUCAACCACACCAGCAACAACCACCACCAAGCCCACGGAAUCAACCACACCAGCAACAACCACCACCAAGCCCACGGAAUCAACCACACCAGCAACAACCACCACCAAGCCCACGGAAUCAACCACACCAGCAACAACCACCACCAAGCCCACGGAAUCAACCACACCAGCAACAACCACCACCAAGCCCAUGGAAUCAACCACACCAGCAACAACCACCACCAAGCCCACGGAAUCAACCACACCAGCAACAACCACCACCAAGCCCAAGGAAUCAACCACACCAGCACCAACCACCACCAAACCCAAAGAAUCAACCACACCAGCAACAACCACCACCAAGCCCACGGAAUCAACCACACCAGCACCAGCCACCACCCCUCCUAGAGUAACCACCAUCCGAGAUAGAAUGCUGAUACUUCUUCAAACUAUGUUUAAUAUUUUCAACAGUUUUCUUCAUAUGUAAUGUGAUAGUCUCCAAACUGUUCUGAUCUCUUAGGAUACAUAAAUCUCAAUAAUGAUUUUGAUUAAAUCAACCUGAUUAGCUAGAAAAAUCAAAUAAAUAAAAACAGUUUGAGAAAUGAAAUGCCUCUCUUGAUGUCAUGAUAGCUACCAUGUUACCCUGGGUUUUAUCAGCUGACAACAAAUGCUAAACAGUAGAACAAUAAAGGGACAUGGAUACAACGAA